AUGAAGAGGGUCAUGAUCUGCCAACGCCACUUGGGCAUCCACCAGAAGGGCUGCCCGCAGAACGGCAUCAGUGACGCGCGCGAGCGCGCGAAGGGACCUGAGCAGCGGGCCAAAAUGGACCAGGUCGAGCGCAACGGCAACUUGCGUGGCGCCGAUGCGAGGCCGCGGGGCUCACCCCAGAGCGUUGGGCACGUCGCACAGCGGGGUUGUAGAGCACAUCGUCUGGCGACCGCCGCGAGCAAGGAUGAGUGGGAGAAGACCCACGGGAAGAAGAUGACGCAGCGGUUCCCCAUGCUCGAGCACCCGACGACGAUGGCCAUGAAGGACGACGGCAACACGGAGUUCGAGAUGGCGUGGCUCACCAGCGCGCCGCCCAUGAUGCCAUCGGACCGUCACUACUACGGGGACCAGGCGAAGGAUGUGGCAGCGGACACGGCCGAGAAGGAGAUGCCGCGCCUCAAGGUUUCCUGGAAGAACUUCGCCGAUGGCAUGAACUCCCUCCCAGCGAGCUUGGUCGAUGCGCAUGGUGAGCCGAAGCUCCGCCCGCUUGGUUUCACCAUGGGCGAGUGGGGCAACGGCGAGGUGGUGGCCAUGGGUGCGCCCAUGCAUUUUACGCCAGGGGCUGCGAUGAUGAAGAGGCGCGGGGAAGCGUCGUCGGCUGCAGAUACUCCGAGAACGCCAGCGGCGCGCGACGGCAAUCUGGAUCCGAUGGAGAGGCUCGCUGCCUUCCUUGUGCAGUCUUGCGCGAGUGGCGCGUUGCCUCGCGAGGGCGAGGGGGGCCCUGGCGACGGCAUGAUGGCAGAGACGUUGGACGACGCCGGCAUGGGCGAUGUCGCGGGCGCCCCGAGGCAGACGACAACAUUCAACCUUGACGAGCCCGUGACACGCAGCAAGAGGGACGACGCCGAGAGCAUGAUCAGUUUGGGCUCCGCUGCGUUGGGCGGCAAAGCCGACGCCCAGAAGUACAUCGACGCCCUGGACUUGGAGGUCCGCGUGCCCCCCGUGGCCAACGCCGUCAUCUGGAAGACGAAGGUUGACAUGAUGUUGCAGGCUGAUGUCACAAAGGGGUCUGCUUCUGCGAUGUUCAGGGCUUGCACUCCGAUGCCGCUCCCUGCUUCCAUGGACCAGGCCUUCGACGUUCGGACCCCGUGCCUUUCCCGAUUGUCGGCCCUCGACGAGUGGUGCAAGAUCCGCAGGCUUUACUUGUAUUUCUGCGAGUCCUGGUUCCUGCCGAAGCUGGAGUCGGGCUGCCACGAGGAGAUCAUUAGCAGCACCAUCGUGGACAUGAGACAGUACAUCAAUCGAGUGCUGGAAUCGUGCCAUAUCGGCGAGGUCACCGUGAAGUUCUUCACGGGGCUCAACCGCCUGCUGCGGGGCACCCAAGAUUGCGCGCGCAUCGAGGAGAUCUUCGACUGCGGGGAGUCCGAGGCUGCGUUCAACCUCUCAGACCAGGUGAACAACUUGAAAUCGAAGCUGGUUAACGCUGCCAAAAUCACGGGCAGGCUGGAACCGUCGAGACUAAUGCACGGGACUAUCAUGAAUCGCAUCGUCAGCAAGUGCUUGAAGUAUGCAUCGAUGGUCAAUGCCAGGGAUGCGCCGAUGGAACGUGAGGCUGUAUCCGCCUUGGACAUGAUGGGCGAAACUUCCGUCUGGUUCCCCUUCAACCCGGAGCCCAACGCUGCCCUCGCCGAGAUCCAGGCAGCGACAGUAGCGGCGAGCGAGGCCGAGAGCACCCAGCUGAUCACCACUAUCGUCAUGGAGAUGCAGACAGAGUGCGAUAAGGAGUCCGCAGUUUUGACGGUGGAGCUCGUUCAGAAGCUUCAUGAUUGCGCAGAGAAGCUGAGCGACAACAAUCGUGAGCCUCCAGAGCUCGAAGGCGAGUUGAAGCAGGAUGUAUGCGACGCCAUCGUGCACGCGAUCGAGGUGAUCAAGAACGUGUUUGCUUACCAGCUUGCGGGGAACUCUGCGUCGAGCAAUUUGCUUGUCGACGUCGGCAGUGCGCUCGCGGCAGUCUCGAACCUGGCGUGCGCUUGCGAAGCAGUGGAAACGCACUUCAAUUGGGACGGGGAUGCCGAACCAGACUUGACGGCGAUCGCUCGCGCAGACCACCAGUCCAAGUCAAUCACCCACGAGUUCAACCCUGCGAGGGUGAAGUGGGACGGCCUCGUGAACAAGGGCAUCACUUCGUCGGGGCACCGUGAGCACCCAGGCAUCCAGGUGCUCGUCUUCGCCGCGGCCGAGCUCAAGAAG